UGGGUGGGUAUUCAGUUAACGAACACUUACAAGCGCGCGCUUUGGCAGAGCAGCCAUUAUAGUUUUGUAAAUUUAGGGAUCAAAAUGGGCAAAUUUGUUAUUAGAGGAGAAAAACGAAAUGAGGAACAUACCAAUGAAAGAACGCAUUGCAAACAAGAAGAGUCGUAGCAUUAGCAGCGAAGUCACACUACAACAGCCUAGGGCUUUUCUUCAGCGGUAAAUGAAAGCGUCUUCCACUGCUGAUACCGUCAGCAGCAGUGUGAUGAGACGCGACAGACAUCUGCAGUGAUACCGAGUCAGGAUCGGGACAGCUGCACUAGAAGACGCGUCCGUCCACUGGAGCAAUAAUAACUUUAUCUCAUCUCAACAUAAAACGCGUCCUCUCGUGAUGAUGAUCUUGUGCCUGGAAACCAUUACCUGCACACUGUUGUUCCUUUCACCCUUUGUGACCACCUACCCAGCCGACUUGGAGAAAGGACGGAGGAGAGUUGUUCAUGUAAUGGAGGAUGAUACUGGGGCAGUGAUAGUCCAGACUGCUCCAGGUAAGGUGGUCACCCAUCGUGGUGGCACAAUCACCCUUCCCUGCCGUUACCACCAUGAACCAGAGAACGUCGACCCUCACCGCAUUCGCAUCAAAUGGACAAAAGUUUCUGAUGCUUUCCAGUUUGAAGACGUGUUUGUAGCACUGGGGCGACAACAGAAAGUAUUUGGGUCCUACCGUGGCCGUGUGUCUCUGGAGAGGGCAGGGCCAGGAGACGCUUCGGUUAUAAUUCACAACAUCACCUUGCAAGACUAUGGCCGCUAUGAGUGUGAGGUCACCAAUGACAUGGAGGACGACACAGGAUUUGUCAAUCUAGACCUUGAAGGUGUGGUGUUCCCAUACUACCCUCCAUCCGGACGCUACAAGCUGAACUAUCACCAGGCUGAGGAUGUGUGCCGACAGCAAGAUGCAAUUCUGGCCUCCCAUGCACAACUACACAAGGCUUGGCUUGAGGGCUUGGACUGGUGUAAUGCCGGCUGGUUAGAGGAUGGCUCAGUCCAGUACCCAAUCUCCCAUCCUCGAGACCAAUGUGGCCGUAAGGAUAGCCCUCCCGGUGUCCGCAACUAUGGCUACAGGCACAAAGAUGAUGAACGCUAUGAUGCUUUUUGCUUUACCUCAAACCUCAAUGGACAUGUUUACUUUCUCAAACGUUUUAAGAAGGUAAACUACCUUGAGGCAGUAAAGGCAUGUCAACGUGAUGAUGCAGUGAUAGCCAAAGUCGGACAACUGUAUGCCGCUUGGAAGAUCCAGCUCUUGGACCGUUGUGAGGCAGGAUGGGUGGAAGAUGGCAGCAUUCGUUACCCCAUUGUCAAUCCUCGAACACGCUGUGGGGGCCCAGAACCCGGUGUCCGAAACCUAGGUUUCCCUGAUAAGAAGUUCCGCCUCUACGGAGUCUACUGCUUCCGCAGAAACACUGAUGUCCAGUCAACACAGGCUCCGAAAGAAACCACAUCCAAACCAGCCAACAGCACCAGAAGUAUCUGAAAGUGCAAAAUAAUAAUUACUUGCGUCAUGGCUUCCAUGUUUAACAGAAAAGGCUUUUUUGCACACCUGCUAGGCUACUAGGCAACUAGGCUAGCGCUGAACUCGGGGCAUAAAUGAGCUUAUAUAAUUUCAUUCAAUUGAAAUGAGGUGUCAAUAAUCUCUAAAUUGUGAAAGUUAGCAACUUUUUUCCUCAGAGACAUCACUAGGGAAGAAUAUGGCACAAUGUAUAAGCUUAAAUGUUUCACAACAAGCAUGCAGAGAAAGCAGAACUUAGCCUUGAGGUUUUCAAUUUGUUUGAUUUUUGCUGUUUCCCAAGGAAGACAAAAGCAACUUUUAUUAAUGUUAAGAAAGUAGGAGAGCUCAUUUAGCCUUAUAGCAAGAGGUAAUUGCGACUUUUUAUCUCACAAUUCUGACUUUUUUUUCUUGCAAUUGCGAGUUUAUGUCUCGCAGUUCUGAGUUAAGAAUUGUGAGAUAUAAAGUAACAACUGCAAAUUAUAAAGUCGUAAUUGCAAGAAAAAAUCAGAAUUGUGAGAGAAAAAGUAAGUUCUGAAAUACAAAGUCGCGAAUGUGAGUCAUAAAGUCAGAAUUGUGAGAUGAAAAGUCGUGAUCAUCUUUUUUUUUUUUUUAUUCCAUUGUGAAAACAAGCUUCUAUACAAUAGCCCUUAUUGACCUGAUGAUGAGAAAGUGAUAAAGGACUAAACUCGCAUCAGAUGCUAGCAUGAACUGGCUAGCUUGGCUGGGCUUAGCUUGCUUAUUAAAAUGAACUUUCACAGUUGUUGCCACCUAAGCAAGUAGCAAAACUGAUUAGCUUUGCCAACGACUAUGCACAUAACACUCAUUUUUGAUAAUUUUUGAAUGACCUUGCAAGCAAUAAUAGAAUCAAGCAUGACAUUAUUAGAUGUUUAUUGCACUGAUAAAGCUAAAGUAUUGUGAAUGACAGACUUACAUAUAAGCUGCUUUACUACCUCUUAGUGGUUGACAAUUGCACUGUUUGUUCAGUAUUGCACAAUAUUGUUUAUGAUGAUGCAUUUUAGAUUAAAGUUAUUUACCUGUU